CACAAGUUCUGGAUGGAAGAAACGGUGUCCGGUGACACCGGGGGAUUACCUGCCCUGGAAGGUAGGAGUCUUCUGUCAAAGGAAACCACAAAGGUCGGGCAUGGUGCGACUGACGCGAGUCUUGGGUUAUUUCGUCGGAUCCAGAAAUAAACUUAUAAAUAAAACUGGCUUCAUCGACACCCUCCGAGUAUAUGUGAAAGGUGGUGGUGGAGGGCAAGGGUUCCCUCGUUUGGGAGGAGUUGGCGGUGCAGGUGGUAGUGUAAUUCUGGAGGCAGAUAAACAACAAAACUUGAAACAGCUAAAACAGAAAUAUCCUUCAAAACGGUUUAUUGCCGGCAAUGGAAAAAAUAGCACGAAAAGGGUUAUAAUUGCAAGAAAUGGUUCUGAGUUAAAAGUAAAAGUACCAAUUGGUAUUUCAGUAGAAUCUGAUCAUGGAAGACUAAUUGGUGAACUUAAUGAAACUGGACAACAAUUGCUCGUGGCGCAUGGAGGUGUUGGAGGUAGUGUGAAUAAUAAAUUUCUUGGCCAACAAGGUGAAAUAAGGACUUUGAAACUUGUCAUGAAGCUAAUUGCCGAUGUUGGAUUCGUUGGUUUUCCAAAUGCAGGGAAGUCAACUCUUCUUCGAGCUCUCUCCAAAGCUAAGCCAACUGUUGCUCCAUUACCAUUUACUACCCUUCGCCCAGAGAUUGGCAUGAUUGAGUUCUCAGAUCACAGACAGAUAAAACUUGCUGAUUUACCUGGGCUAAUUGAAGGAGCCCAUUUAAACCUUGGCAUGGGGCACAAGUUUCUCCGACACGUUGAAAGAACCAAAUUGUUGCUGUUCGUUGUUGAUGUUCGUGGCUUCCGACUACAAAUGGAGAAAGAAGAAAGAUCUGCUUUUGAAACCAUUUUACUUCUGAAUAAGGAGUUAGAACUUUAUCAGCCAGAUUUAAUUAGAAAACCUGCAAUUCUUGUUUUGAAUAAAGUGGAAAAUGAAAGAGAUAAACAAAUAGCAGAAGAAGUCUUAGACUUGGUACAACAGCGUCCAGAAUCUUUAGCAAAUAUGGAAAAGUAUAUGUUACCAAAUGAGAAUGUUACAUUCGAUCAUGUGAUGACAAUCUCAGCAAAGAAGAGAAUUGCCACUGAAGAAUUAAAGCUUAAAAUACGAGAAUUUCUUGAUAUUUAUAAUGAACAAAUUCUGAUCAAAGAAAAACAAGAAACUAUGGAGAUAUUUGAUGAUGUAGUAAAAUUCCAAAAGACUAUACAGACUCACACUACUGAAAAUAAAUUGAGAAAAUUAGUUUAAUUUAUUUUGUAUAAUUAGUA